GGAUGUGACGUCACAGCACAAAGGCGGAAAUUGGAGCUGUAGCUGCCUAAAGCUAAAAGUGGAUAGCCGGCUAAACACUUCUGGUUACUUCUCGGUUAUUGACUCUUUAUGACGUCGCUUUUCUUCCACUCAGACUCCGCGGACGUAGCGGCGAACAUCAACACGUUGAUGAAACGCUCUCAAUGCUCUGCUAUGCUAGCAGGAUGUUAGCAUGUGAAGCUAACUAGCAUAGGCAGCUAGCAGCUAACUAGCAUAGGCAGCUAACAGCUAACUAGCAUAGGCAGCUAGCAGCUAAGCGGACAAAGUGUGUGGUCCAAAUGUUUUAAAGAAGGUUUGCAAGAUGUCGACCAACCGCCCCCAGCAGGCGAGCUCGGUGCCCAGCACAAGUAGCAGCAACGGCGUGGCUAACAACGACAACAACCCCGCCAACGUCGUGCCUUCACGGACGCCCGCAGACGGCGGCUCGCCGGUGCCCAACUUGGCCGCCAUGUCGUCAUCCCGAGGCGGCUUGACCUCCCUCAGCAGGCCCUCUUCGUCCUCCGGCAGCAGGAAGAGAUCCAUGCAGCAAGCACCGCUUUAUAACGGCCUGCUCAACUCUUACGAGGACAAGAGCAACGACUUUGUCUGCCCCAUUUGCUUCGAGAUGAUAGAAGAGGCACACAUGACCAAGUGUGGACACAGUUUUUGCUUCAAAUGCAUCCGCCAGAGUCUGGAGGACAGCAACAGGUGUCCCAAGUGCAACUACGUAGUUGACAACGUGGACCAGCUCUACCCCAACUUUCUAGUCAACGAACUGAUCCUGAAACAGAAGCAGCGAUGUGAAGAGAAGAGACUGAAGUUGGACCAUCCUGUAAGUAGACCACAUCCACAUCUGCAGGACCUCUCUAGUCCGCCUCUCACCCUGCAGAACGGAUCCAGGUGGCAGGUGUUCCAGGACGUGUUGAGUCCAGACCAGGACAACCUGGACCUAGCCAAUGUCAACCUCAUGCUGGAGCUGCUGGUUCAGAGGAAGAAGCAGCUUGAGGCGGAGUCACAAGCCGCUCAGAGACAGAUCCUCAUGGAGUUUCUUAACGAGGCCCGGAGGAACAAAAGAGAGCAACUGGAGCAGCUCCAGAAGGAGCUCAACUUCCUUGAGGAGGACAUCAAGCGUGUUGAGGAAAUGAGCGGGCUGUACUCUCCAAAGAUGGAGGCAGAGUGUACUGUGCCCAAUGUGGAAGCUCCCUCACCUUCACGCAGCAUCAUUGAGUCACCGGACUAUAACCCGCCUCCAGGAUUUGGUGCAACAACACAGGGCAAGAGACAGACGUGGUACAACAGCACUCUAGCAUCACGCAGGAAAAGGUUGACGGCACAUUUUGAAGAUCUCGAGCAGUGUUACUUCUCCAACAAAAUGUCACGCAUCUCAGAUGAAGGCAGGACCUUGAAUCAGCUGGAUGACUUCAAGGAGUGUCUGUCCAAGUUCACGCGCUACAACUCUGUCAGGCCCUUGGCCACGCUCUCCUACGCCAGCGACCUCUACAAUGGCUCCAGUAUCGUGUCCAGCAUCGAGUUUGACCGAGAUUGUGACUACUUUGCCAUUGCCGGCGUGACAAAGAAGAUCAAGGUGUUUGAGUACGGCACGGUGAUCCAAGACGCGGUGGACAUCCACUAUCCUGUCAAUGAAAUGACCUGCAAUUCCAAAAUCAGCUGUAUCAGCUGGAGCAGCUAUCACAAGAACCUCCUGGCCAGCAGCGACUACGAGGGCACGGUCAUAUUAUGGGAUGGAUUUACCGGCCAGAGGUCCAAAGUCUACCAGGAACAUGAAAAGCGCUGCUGGAGUGUGGACUUUAACCUGAUGGACCCCAAGUUGCUGGCGUCUGGUUCUGAUGAUGCCAAAGUCAAGCUGUGGUCCACCAACCUGGACAACUCUGUGGCCAGCAUCGAAGCCAAGGCCAACGUCUGCUGUGUCAAGUUCAGUCCAGCCUCCCGCUAUCACCUGGCCUUUGGCUGCGCAGACCACUGUGUCCACUACUACGACCUGCGCAACACCAAGCAGCCCAUCAUGGUGUUCAAGGGCCACAGGAAGGCCGUGUCCUACGCCAAGUUUGUCAACGGGGAGGAGAUCGUUUCUGCGUCUACUGACAGCCAGUUGAAGCUGUGGAACGUCAACAAGCCUCACUGCCUGCGCUCCUUCAAAGGUCACAUCAACGAGAAGAACUUUGUAGGCCUGGCCUCCAAUGGAGACUAUGUAGCCUGUGGAAGUGAGAACAACUCCCUCUACCUGUACUACAAAGGACUGUCCAAGACCCUGCUCACCUUCAAGUUUGACACGGUGAAGAGUGUGCUGGACAAGGACAAGAAGGAGGACGACACCAACGAGUUUGUCAGCGCCGUCUGCUGGAGGGCCCUGCCACAUGGAGAGUCUAAUGUGCUGAUUGCUGCCAACAGUCAAGGAACUAUCAAGGUCCUUGAGCUGGUGUGAAGUGAUCCAGGCAGGAUGAUAUCGGGUGACUCAGCAAUAAAGGUGACAGUAUCAAUAGAACAAUCAUCAAUGUGUUAGCUCCUCCUCCUCCUCCUCAUAUUACUGCUGGUGAUGUCACACUCUGCCUGCUGCUGAUUGGAGACUUUUCUAGAUGCCCCGCCCCCUGCAGCAGAUCUAUUUUAUCAUAGUGUUUUCUAUUUGUGCAAGUGAAUAAAUUAUUUCAACUCU